UCUUGUAUUUUAUUUCUCUUAUUGGAGAUUAGACACUAGAGUUUGUAGGAAUGCGAGGGGUCGUUUUGUUGUCGGUGCUCCUAUGCGCCAUCCACCGUAUCGCACUUUCUGCAACCGCCGGUACGGUGGCGGACGGGCUGUUAGAAAAUGGUAACUUCGAGCUAGCUCCCAAUGCCUCGAGCAUGAAGGGCACCGUCGUGGUGGGGCGUUACGCCAUACCGAGCUGGGAAAAUGAGGGCUUCGUCGAGUACAUAAAGUCGGGGCAAAAGCAGGGCGACAUGUUGCUGGUGGUGCCCGAGGGAGCCUAUGCGGUCCGGCUGGGGAACGAGGCAUCGAUCAAGCAGAAGAUAAAGGUGAUCAAGGGGAUGUAUUAUUCCAUCACGUUCAGUGCCGCUCGCACUUGCGCUCAAGAGGAGCGGUUGAACGUCACGGUGGCACCCGAUUCAGGCGUGCUGCCGAUCCAGACGGUGUACACCAGCAGCGGUUGGGACAACUAUGCAUGGGCGUUCAAAACAGAAUCCGACGUGAUCACGUUGAUUAUUCACAAUCCGGGCGUCGAGGAGGAUCCGGCGUGCGGACCACUCAUCGACGCGGUUGCUAUCAAGGCUUUAUAUCCUCCUAAGCCUACUAACAAGAACAUACUGAAAAAUGCUGGUUUUGAAGAAGGUCCAUAUAUAUUCCCCAACACUCCAUGGGGUGUCCUAAUCCCACCCAACAUCGAGGACGAUCACUCGCCUCUCCCCAGUUGGGCAGUCGAGUCCCUCAAGGCCGUCAAGUACAUCGAUUCCGCCCAUUUUUUCGUGCCUCAAGGCCGAAGAGCCGUGGAGCUAGUCGGCGGGAAAGAGAGCGCCAUCGCUCAAAUAACAAGAACCAUCGUCGGCAAAACAUACAGGAUGUCGUUCUCGGUGGGAGACGCUAACAACUCUUGCGCAGGUUCUCUGGUCGUCGAGGCAUUCGCCGGUCAGGCUACGCUCAAAGUCCCGUACGCGUCCAAGGGCACUGGUGGAUUUAAGCGAGCUGCAUUGACGUUCAAGGCUGUUUCCAACAGGACAAGAAUCAUGUUCCUCAGCACGUUUUACACUAUGAGAAGUGAUGACUUUUCUUCCCUAUGUGGCCCUGUCGUCGACGAUGUGAAACUUUUGAGUAUCCGUCAACCAUGAUCAAGUCAACCUUGUUGAUGAAGCAAUGUCGGAUAUGGUCUAUGAUAUACACAUAUAUAUUGGACAUUUGUCAUACUAAGAAUGUUUUUUUUAUAAAAAAAACAAGGGUUUUCAUGUGAGCUAAAUUAGGUUAUAUAUUAAUCCAACAAAAUAAGAGUAUAUAAUACUAAUAUGAAGUUAUGUAGUA